AUUUCCUCAAAGCACUGUGGGAAAGAGAAGGCUGCAGGAGGCCAUUUUAUCUCCCGAUGUUGGCGACGGAAGACGCGGGAAGUCACCGUUUCGUUCAGCUGCUAGCUUUUCGUUCUUCAGAGUGAAUUUCGGCAGUAGGUUGCAUUGUUCAGCUGGUGUCUUAUUAGGCGAGGCAGAAAUGGGUGCCGAUAAGCGGGUUAGCCGUACGGAACGCAGUGGCAGGUACGGCUCAGAGCAAUCUCGCGAUGACGACCGUAGAGACAGGCGAGAUCGAGACGAUCGUGGAUAUGACUCUCACCGCUGGAGUGAUGACCGCCGUAGCGACCGCUAUGAUGGAGACAGAGGGGAUCGUUGCGAUCGAUACUGGAGUCGGGACAGUCCUGAGAGAGGAAGGAAACGCCGUAGUAGUGAUGGAUCUGAUGAAGGGCACCACUCGGAUGGUGAUUACUCUGAGCACGACUACAGAGGUGACCCAGCUGAUGAGAAAGAGAGCAAAACCAUCAUGCUUCGGGGUCUUCCUGUCAACACCACAGAGGCAGAUAUUCGAACAGCAAUAGACCAGUUGGAGGGGCCGCAGCCGAUGGAUGUGCGGCUGAUGAAAAAGAGAACAGGUAUAAGCCGAGGUUUCGCCUUCGUGGAGUUUUAUCACUUGCAAGAUGCUACCCGAUGGAUGGAGACCAAUCAGAAGCUGCUCACCAUCCAGGGCAAGAGUGUUGCCAUGCACUACAGCAACACCCGGCACAAGUUUGAAGACUGGCUCUGCAACUCGUGCGGCCUGUACAAUUUCCGGAGGAGGCUGAAGUGCUUCAGGUGCGGCGCAGCCAAAGCAGACUCAGAAACUACCAGCACUACUGGAGGUACAGACACCCAGCCCAGUGGAGAUUACUAUGGAGACACAAUCAUCCUGAGGAACAUCGCCCCGCUGUCCACUGUUGAGGGCAUAAUGACAGCCUUGGCACCCUAUGCUAACCUGUCAGCUGGAAACAUCCGUCUCAUCAAAGACAAACAGACUGGCCAGAACAGAGGUUUCGCCUUCGUCCAGCUCUCCUCUCCGCUGGAGGCGUCUCAGCUCCUGACCAUCCUCCAGGGUCUUCAGCCUCCGCUCAAGCUGGAUGGGAAGACCAUUGGAGUUGACUAUGCCAAGAGUGCUCGAAAGGACCUGCUAUUGCCAGAUGGGAACCGCAUCAGUGCUUUCUCAGUGGCCAGUACUGCUAUAGCUGCUGCCCAGUGGUCCUCUAGCCAGCCGCUGCAAAGUGUGGAACCUGCAUCCGACUACAGCUGUGUGCAGCAAGGCUAUGUGCCUUUUUCACAGGAAUAUCAGGCCCAUUAUCAGCAGCUGCAGGCUGGAGCAGCGGACCCAUCCCAGGCCAACGGCAUACUUGGAGCUGCUCCAGGAGUGAAGGUGCUCCCCACUGCUGCAGGUGUGGUCAUCUCUCAGGGUGCUCAGGUUUAUCAGCCACAAAUCGCCAGCCAGCCAGCCACACAGACUUUGCAGACGAUACCAUCUCCAACCAUCACAGCAGCUGCCACCAUCUCUGCCCCAGCGACCUCUUCAGUCAUCACAGCAGCCCCCACGACAGCCAGUGCUGCACCUUCCACAACAGCUCCUUCUGAGGGUGCUAAAGCUGCUGUCCCAGACACUUCUACCUACCAGUAUGAUGAAGCGUCUGGCUACUACUAUGACCCUCAAACCGGUCUCUAUUAUGACCCCAACACACAAUAUUACUACAACUCGUACACACAGCAGUACCUGUAUUGGGACAGUGAAAAGCAGGCAUAUGUACCUGCAGCUGACUCCAGUGCUGGAGCGCAGACAGCUUCAGCCUCUGCCUCCACCCCAGCCAAAGAGGGCAAAGAAAAAAAGGAAAAGCCAAAGAGCAAAACCGCCCAACAGAUUGCCAAGGACAUGGAGCGCUGGGCAAAGAGCCUGAACAAGCAGAAGGAGAACUUUAAGAGCAGCUUCCAGCCCAUCAGCCAGGAAGAGAGGAAAGAGGCUGCAGCAGCAGAUGCUGGCUACAUUCUGUUUGAGAAAAAGCAGGCAAGUGGUUUGGAGAGACUUGUAUCCGAGGCAGCGAAGGCAACAGAAGAGGAAAACUCGUCCUCAAAGGUGGGUCUGGUGGCAGCCUACAGCGGCGACAGUGAGCCUGAGGAAGCCCCUGAAGGUGAGGAGAGGGAGGACAAGCUGACAGAUUGGAAAAAGAUGGCCUGCCUGCUCUGCAGGAGGCAGUUCCCUAACAAAGAAGCCCUGAUCCGUCAUCAGCAGUUGUCAGACCUGCACAAGCAAAACCUGGAAGUUCACAGAAGAUCCAAGUUGAGUGAAGCAGAACUGGAGGAGCUGGAGAGAAAGGAGACUGAGAUGAAGUACAGGGACAGGGCAGCUGAAAGGAGGGAGAAAUACGGCAUUCCCGAGCCUCCUGCACCCAAGAAGAGGAAGUUCACACAGCCUGCGCCAGUAGUGAAUUACGAGCAGCCCACUAAAGAUGGACUGAACAGUGACAACAUUGGCAACAAAAUGCUCCAGGCUAUGGGCUGGAAGGAGGGCAAAGGCCUUGGCAGAAAUCAGCAAGGCAUUACAGCGCCUAUUGAGGCCCAGUUGAGAAUGAAGGGCGCAGGUCUGGGUACCAAGGGGAGUAAUUAUACUCUGUCACCGUCUGACACCUACAAGGACGCAGUCCGAAAAGCCAUGUUUGCCCGCUUCACUGAAAUUGAAUAAGCUGUUGUGCGGUCUUCGAGUGAGCAGAACCUUGUGUUGCUCUUGCAGCUUUGUCUCCGUCGCUGAAGAAUGAACUGUGACUCAUAAGCAGAAGAAAACGGUUUAGAUGGAGGAGUUGUUGAGUUAAACUGUGUAUAUAUGUGUACAGAGUGUGUCCUGGAGAAAUGUGAAAUUUGUGUACAUGUAGGGAGAGCGUUGGACUUUUUCCCCCUUCCUCGUCCAAGCAUGGUCAGAAAACUGUAAAGUUUGUACAAUAUCACUUUUGUACAUAAGAGAAUAAAUGAUGUCAAAGUAUUGUA